AUGUCGAACUUUAUGCACAAAGUCAAGGAUGCUUUCAACGGCCAUCUUCACCCUCAGAACAAAGGGUCACAGAAUGAUCCGUCCAAGAUGGAGAACCGGGUCAACGUCAACGUAGAUCCCAGUGACACCAGUCGUCCUUCCAACAUGGGAGGUACAAUGGAAGACACCACUCGCAGUUACGGUUCGACUCGCGCUGGUAUGGACAACAUGGGCUCCGUUGACCCCUACCGUGACACCACAAUGGACCAGAAUAUUGAACCAGGCGGUUACGGAUCCGGAAACAUGAACACAGGCUCUCGUCUCAAUGAAUCUAAGAUGGCCAACGAGAUGAACGCCCCUGCCGAUACCAGUCUUGGUAACCGCGGGACCUAUGGAGGCACUACGACCUCCACAACCGACCCUGCCGGCCAAUUUGGCGGCUACGGCUCCAACUAUGGCGCCGUUGGGGGCAACACCAUGGAUAGCGGAGAUAACACCUACAACACCGGCUUCACUAACAUGGCCAACCAGAUUGAGAACCGCUCUGACCAGCAGGACUUCGGUGGUGCCGCGGCUGGUGGUAGCAGCUACAACGCGCCUAAGGCCUCUGGCAGAAGAAGAAGCUCUGGUCCACACAGCUCCAACUUGCUCAACAAGCUGGAUCCUCGCGUCCACAGAUCAGACUAUGAAGACACUACUGCCAUUAACCAGCGCGGAAACUAG